AUGAAAUUAAUUAGUAUCAUUUUAAUUUUACUUUGUAUGGUUACAAUGUCACUUUCAGCAAGUGUCAUGUUAAGAGGUUGUGGUCCUACUCCAACAACAUGUAAUCAAACUUUCACAGUUGGAGAAUGUACAGCCUAUGACAAAUGUUUUGAACCAUUUGCAUAUCCUCCUGAUAAAGUCAAAUAUGUAAAGGUCAAUUCCUUUGAUGGUGAAUGUAGCAAAACCUCCUUCUUUAUUACCUCUUACGAUGACUCUCAAUGUCGUACUGACCCAAUCUCCACAUCGAAUGAAUGGUGUGUUACAUGUUUCAUCAAAACAAAUAAUACUCAUCAUAUUAUGAAUAAUUUAAAGUUUGGAUAUUAUGCAGUUUUAGUAUCACUUGCAAUGGGUAUAUUCUAUUCAAAGAGUAUUAAAGAUAAUAAUAAUAAAGGCACAGAUUCAACAACACCACCAAUAGUAGACAAGAGUUCUAUUAAUUGUGUAUUCUGUCAAAUCAUACAAGAAGAUAAAAAGGCUGUCUAUCAGGAUGAAGAACUAUUUAUAUUCUCUGAUCGUACACCAAAGGCAUCGACACACCUUUUGGUGAUACCAAAACGACACAUAAAAUCGGUCAAGACACUGACCGUUGACGAUCUACCAAUCCUCGUUAAAAUGAAACAAGUUGCUAUUGAAUAUGCAAACAGAGAGCAUUAUGGCAAAAAGUAUCAUCUUGGUUAUCACAUCCCACCAUUCUACUCUAUUCCACAUCUUCACAUGCAUCUUCUCGUCGAACCAUUCACACCUGCUCGAAAGAGAAUAAGUUAUACUCCUCAUCUAGGUGGUCUAUGGUUUAAAGAUGUAGAUACUAUUAUUAAUUCUUUGGCUGAUCAAGUAGUUUAA